AUGACCGAUAAUAUUCAGCCAUUGUUAGAAGCAAGAUCUAGAGCACCUAUAGACGAAGCAGGAGUAAUGUGGUGGAAUAUCUAUGAAGAACCUAAAGAAACAUCGGAAUUCAAUCAAAUUAACCAAGAAAAGCCUUAUAAAUGCAUAAUGAAAACAAACACAGAAAAUGAUAAUAGGGAAGUAAAUAGAGUAGCGGUACCUGCGAUUAUCAUAACGAAUGCGGAUGCCGAGGAGACAUCAAAUUUGAAUAUGGACGAAAAACAACGAGGGAAUUUGGACUUUGUUGUGGAUGAGUGGAAAGUUGAAGGUUUGGAGGGUGAUGUGGAUGGCGGCGGUCACGCGAUCAGGCUUCAGAUGGGGCCAGGUGGUGAGCUGGCACAGUGCAGGUUGACUGUUCGAGACGCUAGGGCGGGCGCGGGAGGAAUACGCGGGCUUUUUGAAGAUAUGCCGUUGCCUGCGAGGGAAGGUUUAACUACGCCGAGGAGCGCUCGGGCUCCGAUCGGUCGUAGACCACCAAGUACGCUACCACAACGAUCUAAGAAGGAGAAGCCCCUUGAAAGUCCACCGGAUAUGGAUUCUCCAGUUGGUAGUGUCAGCAGUGAUCUAAGGCGACAAAAUGAAGAGCUUCGUGCCCGCCUUGCUGGGGAAAGCGCGGAUCACAAACGGAGGCUCGACGCAUACCGUCGUGCACAACAAGGCCAGGCUGCGUUGGUUUCACGACUUCAAGCAAAAGUGCUGCAAUACAAACAACGAUGUGCAGAACUUGAGAACCAAAUGCUUGAAACUACACCUCGUAGUGAUACGACUUAUAGACCGUCUACUGGAAAAGCUAUAGCACUGCCACCGCCAUCUCUACCAACAUCUUCUAGUGAUACUCGCAGGGAUGAACGUAUUUCUGAUUUGGAGACCGCACUCAAGAGACUGGAUGAAGAAAAACGCAAGUGUGAAAAGCUCGUAUCCCAAAACAACCUGCUUCGAGACCAAUUGGAAGAGUCACAUCAGCUGAAUGAGGCUCUCACAAAUGACUUGCAAAAGCUCACCAACGAUUGGGAGGCACUGCGUGACGAAAUGGCUAUUAAAGAAGAUGAGUGGAAGGAUGAAGAACAGGCCUUCAAUGACUAUUACUCCAAUGAGCACAACCGCCUGCUCAAUCUGUGGCGUGAGGUAGUCUCCGUCAAGAGAUUCUUCUCCGAAUUGCAAACCAACACUGAGCGUGAUCUAUAUAAAGUGAAGAACGAUAUAGAUUCUGCUGCCCGGGAUCUAGUUGGAACACUAAGUGGAUAUGCCAUCACUGCUUACGCUACUCAUGGCAGCUCAAAGCCUGAAACGCAAGCACCAACUUCCACCCCCGUAUCAGCAAUCGAGAAUCUUCGAUCCGACCUGCACGCGGCCACUACCCAGCGAGACAGCGCUCUCGCUGAGUUGAGGGAAAGAGACGCACGUAUACAGCGACUGUUGCAGGAGUUGCAAGGAUUGGAGGAGCGUUGCGAAUGUGCGGAGGCGCUUUGUACAGAGGCGGGCAUAAUGCGCUCGGCGCUGGAGGAGGUAGCUCGCGCGUUGAUACAGGACUCGGAAACUGAUGUACCACCCACACAUAUGCAUCUGAGUGAUAGGUCUCCCAAACGAGGAAUAGCGCAAUCAGCAAACGCCACGGCCUUCGCGGAAAGCACCAUAUCAGCUCUGCAAGCCGCCUUGCACAAAUAUCAGAUACAAAUACACGAGUUACAGGUUAAACUGCAAAAUACAAGGGAACAAUUGAUGACGUGUCGCAAGCAUUCCGACACGGCCGAUAACACGCUCACUUCUUUAGAGAAUAAAGUGCAGGAUUUGCAAGGAAAGUUGGAUCAAACUAACACGGAUCUCAAUCAAGUUGUACAAGAGAAGGAAUCCCUUCAGAAGACCGUAGAGGCCUUGAGGUGUGACAAGAACAACCUGGAGAGGAAUAGAGUUGAAAUCAACGCUAUGGUGGAAUCCCUAACAUCGGAUUACGAGAAACUCCAGAAGGUCAAUCAUCGUUUGGAGAAGGCAAUAGAGGCUCUGGAGAGUGAGAAGAGAUCGCUGAAUUCAGAAGUGGAACAUUUGCAUAGGGAGCUGACUAGCAGGGACUCUGUUUUACGUUCUGAGGAGGAACGGUCAUCUCGCCUCCGUUCGGACCUGGUGUCGACUCGCGAGGAGCUGAACAAGACGGCGCUCGCCAGGGACCUGUUGGAACAGCAGAAGUUGGAGGCGGACGCUGUUCUCUCGCAAAUGGAUAAGAACAGAAGUGAGCUGGAAAUAGAACUGGAGCGAACUCUGCUGGAGCGGGGCGACCUUCAGGACCUUGUUGAAAAGUUGCAGAACCUCGUUAGGAACCUCGAGAGCGAUAAAAAGAAGCUCUUAGAAGAUGUUAAACAUUUAGAAGAAGAGAAAUCGUCUCUAUCCAACCAAUCGUCAGAACAGCAGGGUGAUCUGAACUCUCUGCGCAAAGAGUUGCUCGCGGCCGAACAGCAUCGUAUGGAGUUGGAAGCGGAUAAAGCGAGUUUGUAUGAGAAGAUCAAGUUUUUGGAAGGAGAGAGAGAGAAAGUGGAGAUGGAGUUGCGGCAGGUUGUGAGAGAGCGUGGAGAGUUGAGCUCGCAGCUCACAGCAAUGGCGCGUAAGAAGGACGCCUUGAACGAGGAAAUCAUUCGACUGACCCAGCGUCUGGAACAGGCUCAAGAGACCAUCGGUAGACUGAACCGGACUAUCGAUGACCACGUCAAGGAGGGGGAGGAACGGCAGAUUCUCAUAGACAACCUAGAUAAAGACAAGCAACAUCUCCAAGAGCAAUUGGCCAGUGUUCGCUCUGAGAAGGACGCGUUAGAAGCAGUACUGUUCGAUACGGCCAAUAUGUUGGAAGACGCCGAGAACAGGCGAAGCAAGUUGGAACACGACCUGCAGGAAACUCUGGUUCAACAGGAGAACUUUAAGGGUCAAAUAACCCGUCUCACCAAGGACCUCGACAGCACGGAGAAGAAGUUGCGCGAAACGAAGAGCAGUAUGAGUCAGCAGUCUGGUAAGAAGGAGGCGGAGUACCAGCAGGUCAUCACUAACCUCAACAGAACCACAACGGAGAACAUUACCAAACUAAAAGAGGAAAAGGAGCAAUUGCGCCAAGCGCUAGAGCAGAAGUUGAGUCAAAUGGUAGCGGCGCUAACGAGCGAGAAGGAAGUAUUAGAGGCUAGUGCGCGGGAAAGGGAGAAGAAACUACUCUCUAUCAGGGAUCAGCUGAUACUGCAGCAUGACGAGGCGAUGCUGCGAGCUGAGAAUGAUAAGCAGCAAGCUCUGCUUAUGGCUCACCAGGAACACCAAGCGCUGAUAGAACGCUUGGAAGAAGCGAAGCGAAUUCUGGACUGCGAACAGAACAAACUCGAACGUGUUAAGAGAGACGCUCAGGCGAGAAGCGAUCAAGAUAGGAAUUACAUCAACCAGCUCAAGGAUGACCUGGCUGCUUUGAAGACUAGGCUGGAGGAGGCGAAGGCAGCGGCAGAAGACGACUGUGCGCGAUUUGAAAAUCGUAUUAAGGAGUUGCAUUUAGAGAAGGAAGCGGUUAACCGCGAGUGUCAAGAGACGCGUGCGCAGCUCUCAUUGGCCGAGGACAAGUACGAUGCUGCGUACGCGCAGUUGCAGGACACUAUACGCAAACUGAAGGACUUGGAGAACGAGUCGGAGAGCCUGCGCAAGGAGCUCGGCGACACGCGGCGGCAGCUCAGCAGCUGCACGGCGGAGCGGGACAAGUACCACAGCGCGUGCGCAGAGCUGCGCGACCACGUGAAGCGCGCCGAGCACGAGCGGAGGGACGCCGCGCGGGACCGGGACGAGGCCUACCACAAGGUGGCGGGGCUAGAAGAAACUCGUACGUCUCUAGAAUUGGAACUGUCGCGUGUGCAAACAUUGCUAAAGGAGUCGGAAACCAGCGGGCAGCACGUGGACAGGUCGCUCAGAACUACGGAGGGGCAGCUGAAGCGGGAACGCGCCGCCUUGGAGCAGGCUCAGCAUGAUAUCAAGGAGUUGCAGUCGAGCCCAUCAAAUAAACCGAUACUGUAUAUUAAAUUGAACUACUGUUCAUUAAAAUCACGGUUCUACUCCAUUAUGUUUUCUAUUGAUCAUCCAAAACUUGAACUCGUGUUGCGUCUGGAAGACUGUCGUUCAAAGGAGCGGCGACUGGAGGAGUUGAAGCACAACCUGGAAGUUUGUCUCGCGGAUGCGACGCAACAGAUACAAGAGCUCAAGACCCGGCUGGGCGCGAGCGAGGGCCGCGCGCGCGCGCUGGAGGCGGCGCUGGCGCAGAGCGAGGCGGCGCGGCGCGAGGCGGACGCGCGCCUGCAGUCGGUGGCGCACGCGCUGCGCCGCGUGUGCGGCGUGCAGCCCGACGGCUCGCUGCAGCCCGCGCGCCGCCGCCUCGCCAGCCCCGCACGCCGCUACAGCCCGCACAGAGCUCGAGAGCAUUCGGAAGAUCGCAACGAAAUCAUUGACGUAGAUCCUGAGAUGAUCAAGAAGGGGGUCCGCAAUCUUAUGCACGAAGUCUGUCAAAUCGAGAGAGAAAGGGAUGAUUUCAAGACACAAAUGAAUGUGCUCAAGAAACAGUUGAAGGAAGUAACUGAACAGCAAGGUAAGGGAGAAGGGAAACUUCAAUCGGUGAGCAGCAGCCUCCGAGGUGCUCAAGAGGAGAGAUCUCGCCUGCAAGCCGCGCUCGGGCAAAGGGAUGCGCAACUUAACGCACUGAAUGAAUCCGUGCAAACAAAGACAGUGGAAAUAAGCAACUUACGAGACAAGAUUACCAGCUUAGAGGCCACGUUGAGUUCGAUCACUGAAGAGAAGGUUCAAAAUGAGAAUAAAUCCGAAAAUCUCCGUGGACAACUUGCGGAACGGAUACAGGAAGUGGCACAACUACGCGAGGCGUUAGCUGCCGCUGAGGGUCGCGCGGCGCGGCUGGACGUGCGGCGCGCGCAGCUGGAGGGCGACGUGCAGCGCGCCGCCGUCGCCGCGCGCGACCGCGACCAGGCGCUCAAGAAACUUCAAGAUCGCUGCGAAGGUUACAUGCGAACGAUAGCCUCGUUAGAAGACAGGUGUACGUCUCUGAAAGGAACUGUGGAGCAGCUGUCGACAUCGCUGCAGAAAGCCGCAGCGGCCGAGACGGACCUGCGAGCGGAAGUCAGCAAGACGCAACGGCUGUUGAACGAAGCGAAGAACAACGAGAACAAUGCUAUGGAUAAGUUGAGGCAGAUGCAGAAGAAUAUUGCCAAUUGUGAGAACGAGCGUCGCGUGCUAGCCGAGAAGUUGGAAAGCGCCAAAGUAGCCGCGAGCGAAUAUAAGAGAUUGAACUGCCAACUGGAGGACCAAGUGCAUCGCCUCACCAACCAGCUAGCUAACCUUGAGGCUCAGAAAGCGGACCUAGAAUCGCAGCUACGCAUGACAACAUGGGACGGCAAGGAGAGCACCAACAGCACGGAGCUGGAGCGGGAGCUGCACGCGCUGCAGAGAGAGAGGUCCGAGCUGAAGGCGAAGAACGACGCGCUGCAGGACACCAUGAGGAAGCUGGAGGCCGAGAGGAGGAUGGCUCGCCCGGUGCUGAGGAGCAAGAGCCACGAUCGCACCGAUAAGAGCGUGUUCUAUUCGGAUUUGGACUCGGGUGCGGACUCCUCAAAAGACUCCCGAAUGUACAAGGACUAUAAGGACUACAAGGAAGUGCCGUGCAAGGACAAACCGUACGGCGCCGAGCUGAGCCUGCUCGAGCUGGAGAACAGAGAGCUCAGGAUGAAGAUACGGCGCUUGGAGAAGGAACUUGCUGAUAAGGAAGCGGAAUUGUCCAUAGCUCGCAACCGCUAUCUGUCCGAAUUGUCAACGGGCGCGAGCAGACAAGACAUGGAUCAGUACAAGCAGGCCGCGUUGCAGGCGGAGCGGCUGCUGGAGGCGCGGGAAACGAGCCAUAGACAACAGAUCAUACGUCUGGAGAAUCAGCUGAGCCAGGUGCGCGCGCAGCUGGCGGCGGAAGUGCGGCGCCGCCAGAGCUACGUGUCGCGCAGCGGCCGCGCCGCGCGCGACAUGCAGCGCCUGCGCGCCGCGCUCGGCGACUCGCUGCGCACCGUCGCACAGGAUCCAGCGUUAGACUCGUACACCCUGGAGCACGAAGCUCGCAAGUUGGACAGCACGCUGGCCCACAGUCUGCCGCCGCUCAAUGAUAGCUACGAUUCGUCGAAAUGCUGAAGGAGUUUUGGCAAAAAUAUCUCAUGUA